AUGAACUCCGUGGCCAAAGAAAUAUUUAAAUCCACACAUGAUGUGUCACGCGCUUCUGAAGCAAGUGCAAAAGAAGAAUGCCCUGUCAUUAGGGCGGGAACGCCACCCCAGUUUGCCAGUCUUCAUGAACUUUUUGUGCUGCAGAGUCCCCAAAAAAAUUUCUCGAAGUUGGAAGACCCUCCCAGGACAAGCGGUUCCACUUUUCAAGGCAUCAGUAAAGGAUGCCUCUGCUAUCCCAGCACCGUCCGGUACGCCGGAUGCCGCAGCGGUAGCUUAAGGGGCAAAACGGAUUGCCCAAACUAUGUGGGCACAAUCGGCUUGGGAAGAAAGGGUGUCCAUAAUAAGAUUCUGCGACUUGGCGGAAGGGAACGGUUUAGAGAUUUGGGGGGAAAAUGUUCCUCUCUUUAUUUUAAGUCUACAAUUGACCAAAAGUUGUGCUGCUCAAUGCGCAAGAACUCUGUUUAG